AUGCAUGAUAUUGUCGAGCUGCGAGGACACAACCAUUGGGACUGGGAUGCAAGGACACCCCCGCCCUUCCAAAACUUCGAAGAGCUUGAGGUUACAAUUGGUAGCCUGGCUCAGUCUGGGGAGGGCUUGGCCCUCUUACCAGAACGUGGAGAUGGAUGGGUGGUGGUAGUGCCAUUUGUGAUCCGAGGAGAGAAGGUCAAGGCAAGGGUUUACCGACAUAACUGGGGUUAUUCGCAUGCGGAUCUGGUUGAGGUCAUUCAGCCGGCAGAGAACAGGAUCGCUCAAAAGGAUGUGCUCUGCAAGUAUUUUGGAACCUGCGCUGGAUGCCAAUUGCAGCACAUAUCCUACGCUGAUCAGAUGCAGUUCAAGCGCAAAGUCGUCGAGAACGCUUUUAAGAACUAUGCCGAAAAGUACUUUGCUUCUCUUCCAGCUGUCGAUCCGGUUUCUCAGUCGCCUCUCCAGUCCCAAUAUCGCACAAAAAUCACACCUCAUUUCGAAGUACCGAACCCGAAGCAUCGAGUCGCAGAUGCAAACCAGGAUGUCCCAAUUGGGUUUCUGCAGGCUGGAAAGCGAAGAAUCCUGGACAUUGAGGAUUGCCCGAUCGCUACACCCAUCAUCAACGAAGGCAUGAAGAUCAUGAGAGCGGAGGUGAAAAAGAAUAUUGCUUCAUACAAGAAGGGCGCUACCAUGCUUCUCCGUGAGAGCAAUCCCGUUGUACCUGGAACGGAAUCAGAGGACCCUCCCAAGACUACUAAGGUCUGCAUCACAGAUCACAAGGCAAACAUCACAGAGUGGGUCGGCAAGUUCCGCUUCGACUAUCCAGCAGGUUCAUUCUUCCAGAACAACAAUGCUAUCUUACCGUCUUUGAUCGGCUAUGUCAAGCAGCAGCUACAUCUUCCACUUUCAGGAUCUUCGCCUUCACCAUCAGCACUGGCAGAGCCUUCCUUAUCGAAACCUUCGACAGAACUCAACCAUGAAAUCCAAUAUCUCGUUGAUGCAUACUGCGGCUCAGGAUUGUUUGGCAUAACCUGCCACGAGGGUUUCAAGAAAGUGCUGGGUGUUGAGAUUUCGGCCGCCUCUAUCUCUUGCGCCACCAACAACCUUGUCCUGAACAAAUUAUCGACGAAGACAGCGGCCUUUCAUCUGGAUGAUGCGGACAAGAUUUUUGCACACAUUGACUUCCCUUCCUCCGAGACAGCCCUUAUUAUCGAUCCACCAAGAAAGGGCUGCUCUGACGAGUUCCUGGACCAGAUGGUGGACUUCCGGCCUGCCCGUGUCGUGUACGUGAGCUGUAAUGUGCAGACACAGGCUAGGGAUCUGCAAGGAUUGUUGGAUCGCUGUGCAGCCAAGGGACUCGCUGGAUACAAGGUUGAAGCCAUUCGUGGAUUUGAUCUCUUUCCUCAGACAAGGCACGUUGAGGGCGUUAUGACCCUGACGCGCCUCUGA